GGAUGUUGCAUCAUCCGUACGUUCUCCGGUUCGUUCCGGCCGGAAACGACCAAUCAGAAGGGCGGAUAUCGGACACGAAAUUAAAAAUUCCAAAACAAUGGGGCAGUCAAAGAACGGAGCGUAAAACUUUGAUAAGUUGUGGUUGAAAUUGGCGAUCAAAUAAAUGUGAUAAAAUGUCCUUUAAGCUUUGUAUUUUGGUGUGAAUUGCGUACUGACACCUACAUUAGCUUUGAGAGCUUAUAUACUAUGUAUUCGCUCAGUAAUCGGGCUUGUUUUGGCCUUCGUUCUGCCUUGAAGAGUCGCGUUGUAUUUUGGCAACGUGGCUUAAGCAGUCAAGAGAAUGGGAAUGGCUUGACAAGUUUCGAUGAUCUCUACACGGGCAGAAAAGCUGCGCUACAUCGUAUGGAAUUAAAGAACAAGAAAAGAGUUAUGGUGAAGCUUGGUUCUGCCGUGAUUACUCGCGAGGAUGAGUGUGGUGUUGCUCUCGGAAGAUUAGCCUCGAUUGUAGAACAGAUAUCGGAACUACAACAGCUGGGUCAUGAAAUGAUGUUGGUAACAAGUGGUGCGGUUGCUUUCGGAAAACAGAGGCUUCGCCAUGAACUGCUGUUGUCUCGUAGCAUGAGACAAUCCCUGAGACCAAACGAGCAUCCGCAGGGAAAUUUACUUCCACAACUUGAGCCAAGAGCAUGUGCUGCUGUGGGUCAGGGUGGGUUGCUGUCGUUGUACGAAGCCAUGUUUAGCCAGUAUGGAUUGACUUGUGCUCAGGUUCUCGUAACGACUCCGGAUUUUAAAGAUGCCGAACUUCGAAGUAAUUUGAGGUCGACAAUGGACGCGUUGAUAAAAAUGAAUUGUAUUCCAAUAAUCAACACGAACGAUGCUGUUGCACCGCCACCCGGCGAAGACCACGACCUAAAAGGGUUAAGAAGAAAGUCAAACUCGAUAAUCAGUUUGAAGGAUAACGACAGUUUGGCUGCCUUGCUUGCUGUAGAAAUGAGAACAGAUGUUUUAGUUCUGCUGUCAGAUGUGGAUGGAAUAUAUACGUCGCCACCAACUCGAAGCGAUUCCCAACUCAUCUCGACCUUUCAUCCUUCAAACUUGGAAAACAUCACUUUCGGUGAAAAGUCCAGAGUUGGUAUGGGGGGAAUGGAAUCUAAGGUGAAGUCCUCGAUCUGGGCUCUUGAACGUGGAACGUCCGUGGUGAUUGCGAAUGGCGUUGGUUCCGAGUACCACGCUCUUUCAAAGAUCUUGGCUGGUGGAAAAAUAGGAACAUUUUUCUCCCUUGCCGAGCAGACGGGCCCUUCGGUAGAGGACCAAGCUGAAGAAGCCAGAAGUGCCGGUCGAGCGUUGCAAGCACUGGAACCCGAGAAGCGUGCUGAUAUUUUGUAUCGCCUUGCGGAUCUUCUUGAAGAACGAACAACAGAGAUUCUCGAUGCAAAUGGUCGUGAUCUGGAAGCAGCGACAUUAUCCGAAAACCUUGAGCCGGCCAUGUUGUCCAGACUCUCGCUAACUCCGAGCAAAAUCAAUAAUCUCGCCGCCGGAAUCCGACAGAUUGCCGAGAGCUCUCACGAGAAUAUCGGUCGGGUCCUCCGAAGAACGAAGGUUUCCGAAGAUUUAGAGCUCGUUCAAGAGACAGCACCGAUUGGUGUAUUGAUGGUAAUAUUUGAAUCACGUCCUGAUGCAUUGCCACAGGUAGCCGCGUUAGGACUGAGUACUGGCAAUGGUUUGCUGUUGAAAGGCGGGAAAGAGGCGUAUCAUAGCAACCGUUGUUUGCUGAAGAUCGUCCAAGAGGCUGUGUCAAGACAUGCUCCGAGAACGGCCGUACAAUUGAUAAGCACUCGGGAAGCAGUGAGUGAUCUUCUCAAACUAGAAGGAAUAAUUGAUCUCGUCAUACCUCGUGGCUCCAACGAGCUGGUUCAGCAAAUUCAAGAGAAAAGCAAAGGGAUACCUGUGCUCGGUCACGCGGAGGGAAUAUGUCACGUGUUCGUUGAUAAGGAGGCAGACCCUGCGAUGGCUAUUCGCAUUGUGAUUGACUCAAAGUGUGACUAUCCAGCGGCCUGCAAUGCUAUGGAAACCUUACUCAUCCACAAAGAUCUCAUUGGAACGCAAACAUUCCAAGAUAUUCUUAACAACUUAAGAGAUAAACAGGUCGUAGUUCAUCCAGGAAUGCGUUUAGCUAAGGCGUUGCCGUUUGGUCCAAUGGCUGCGACAUCGAUGCGAAAAGAGUACGGGGCAUUGGAAUGCACGAUGGAGAUCGUGGAUAAUGUUGAAGACGCUGUCAAUCAUAUUAAUAUAUAUGGUAGUUCACAUACCGAUACCAUCGUAACGGACGACGAUGAAACAGCGCAGAUGUUCCUGAAGGCCGUCGACAGCGCGUGUGUGUUUCACAAUUGCAGUACUCGCUUCGCGGAUGGCUAUCGUUUCGGCCUGGGUGCUGAGGUUGGCAUCAGCACGAGCCGAAUUCACGCUCGUGGCCCGGUGGGUGUUGAGGGACUUUUGACUACACGAUGGGUCCUCAAGGGACACGGUCAGACCGUGGCGGACUUUGCCGAAGGAGGCAGCCUUCGAUACCUGCACGAAACCUUGCCGUUGACCGAGGAGGAAGUACAGGACAUUGAGGGUGAAAUAGGGACUGGCGAGGACAUCGAGGAUAGCCAAUACGAAAAGGACAAUAUUGGCAAAGGUGGUUGAGAAUCCCUAGGGUCCUUAUUUUUGAGGACUCAAAAUGCGGCCGAUAUUUUUACUUCUACAAACGUUUUCCUUAUUUUUUUACAUUAUAUUCAGGGGGGGGUUAUAAUGUCACUGAACAUCUCCGGCGCGGCAACAUUACAAGGAUUGGGAUGUGGGAUGAUUUUACAAUUUUAUUAGAUGAAGUACAAAUACCGAAAUUACCGCUAUUUCGAAUGGCUCCACUUUAAUGUAAUCACGUUUCCAGUUGUUGCUUAAAAGGAAAAAUAUUUCCUUACUAAUAAUUUAUCGUCGACUUAAGCCGGUUUUCCACUAGCGAUAUUUUUCGCGCGAAGCGACUUUAUUCC